UUCCGGAGCGCGAUUUGGCAAUGAUGACGCAUGUUUUGUGCAUGUCUUCUUUCUUAAAUGAUAAGCGAUGGCUUGCGGCGUGCUUCUUUGACGCAGAGUACAUCUCUACAGCCAACCAGAUGCUUCAUAAAGCCUUUGAUUCAAAUGGAGUAUCGGGAGGAUAUCGAGGAGAAAUUAAGUCAAAUGCAAACUUACAGGCGCUUCUUAUCAAGCAAAUGAUUGACUACACCGUAUGGGUUGCCGUUCUAAUAUAAGUCUUUCCAUGUCCUUUCUUUUUUCUCCGCAAACUUCAUCGCUUUCCGCUAAUCCUUUCCGAUGCCAGCCUCUUUGUUAGGCAAUCUCUCUUUGCUUUUUCUCAUCUCUGUCGCUGUUGUUGCCUACUACUACGUCGAACGCCGGAAUAGGGCAGUCAGCAAGCUCCAAUGCGCUCCGUUGGAACAAGCUCAUUGGCUUUGGGGGCAUGAAUAUGCUAUCUGGUCUUCCGAGGCCAACGUCAAGCAUUCCCAGCAUAGCAGAUGGGCCACGAUUUUAGGACCCUUGUACAGAAUCAAAGCACCCCUCUUCGGACAUGAUGUGGUCGUUACCUCGGACAACACGUCUGCUCAACAUAUCCUGCAGCACUGCUAUCGGUAUGUCAAGGCGCCAGAAUUCCGACCGACGGCCGAGAGGUGGUUGGGCAAGGGAGUGGUUUGGGCAGAAGGAGACGAACAUAAGCAUCAGAGGAGACUUCUCGCUCCAGCAUUCACACUUACUGCAGUAAAGGGGAUGACGGACGAUGUCAUCGCAUGUGUAGAGAGGACUGCAACAAGACUCUCCAAGCACCUUACCUCGCAAGGGGGCGAUGCAGUAGUGAACUUGUCUCCAUUCAUCUCGUCGUGCACCCUCGACAUUAUCGGCCGCAUCGCGUUUGGGCAUGACUUUGGCGGGGGUGUGUCGGAGGACGCCCAGAACAUCGCAAAAUCAUGGCACCACGACGUGCUCCUAGCGCACACCUUUGCGGGAUUCUUCGCGCCGAUUCUGCUAGUCAAGUUUCCAUGGAUCCAGAAGCUUCCUAUAGCGGCGCUGCAAACAGAUGGCGUUGCUAAACAAGUCGCGCAUCGGAUUGGAUCGCAGAUCCUGAAGGAUAAUGCCGAGCAGAGCACUGGGAAGGAUAUCCUGUCCAUAUUGUUGGAAAAUCAGAAGCACAACAGGAAAGAGAGCGAGCGGUUGUCUGAUGAGACGCUGUUGGCGAACAUAUCGACCUUUUUAAUGCUCGGACAUGAGACGACUUCGUGCUCUAUAUUAUUCAGCUUGUACGAGCUUGCCGGUCAACCUGAUAUCCAAGAAAAACUUCGCCGAGAAAUCUAUGCUCUCGGAAGCGAUCUAAAUUACGACAGUAUCAGCAACCUCUCAUUCCUAGACGCAGUGAUCCGGGAGGGACUUCGUCUCCACGCGCCAUCUGCCCGCACGGAUCGUGUUGCCCUCGAAGAUGACGUUAUCCCCCUCAGCAGGCCCAUCGUAACAGGGAAUGGGUAUACCAUUACUUCACUUCCCAUCAAAGCAGGCCAGGUUAUCCAAAUUCCUACCUCAGUAUUGAACACUGAUCCGGAGGUAUGGGGUCCCGACGCUCAUGUCUUCAAGCCUUCACGCUGGCUUGAGAUGGCGACACCCAUUGAGCAGCUUCCUCGAGGACCGAUGAGCGGUAUCGCGUCGUUCCUCGAUGGACCGCGGAACUGUCUUGGAUGGAGGCUUGCUGUUCUCGAGUUUAAGGUGAUUCUGGUGUUACUAAUCAAGGAUUUCUCCUUUGAGCGGACCGGUGCAAAAGUAGAAGAAUUCAGGGCAGCAACUACACAGGCUUUUGUUGGAGAUGAGGUGAUGAUGCCCCUUCGGGUCUGUCUGGCACAGCAGCAUUCAUAGCUGCGCGGACAGUGUUAGCCCUACAUUGAAAGGGAUGUCGGUGCAUAGGGGGUAUGGCUAAAUAUAUGCCUUCGCAGGCGG